UAAAUAAUAACAACCCCGAACUGAACUAGCAUGUGGAGUCAGGACCUGUCAAAGAAGCAGAAAUCUUUUUACCACACCUCUGUGAAACGCUCCCACGUUGUUGUGUGAGCCGAGAGAAGACGCUGUGUGCGGGCACGAGCGGCAGGAAACAGCAGCAUGUCGGUCGACAGUGUGUUUAGGACCCGGUCCCUCGGCGUGGCCGCCGAAGGUCUUCCUGACCAGUACGCCGACGGCAAGGCGGCCAAAGUGUGGGAGCUGUACAUCGGAGACACGCAGAGCAGGACGCAGGAGUACAAAAGCUGGGUGGUGUCGCUGCUGAAGGAGCAAGGGGUGCGGAGAGUGCUGGAUGUAGCCUGCGGAACAGGAGUCGACUCCAUCAUGUUGGUGGAGGAGGGGUUUAACAUGACGAGCGUGGACGCCAGCGACAAAAUGCUCAAGUAUGCACUGAAGUCCAGAUGGGAGAGAAGAAAAGAGCAGCCCUUCGACCAGUGGGUGAUCGAAGAGGCCAACUGGCUGACGUUACAGGAGGACGUUCAGAAACCAGGAGAUGGAUUCGAUGCUGUGAUCUGUCUCGGCAACUCAUUCGCUCAUUUACCUGACUUCAAAGGGGACCAGAGCGACCAAAAGUUGGCCCUUCACAACAUUGCCAGUAUGGUCAGGCCAGGUGGGAUCCUCAUCAUUGACCACCGUAACUACGACUACAUCCUGGAGACUGGACGAGCACCUCAGGGCAAAAAUAUCUACUACAAGAGCGACCUCACUCAAGACAUCUCCACCUCAGUGCUGUGGGUCAACAGUAAGCCACACAUGAUCACUCUGGACUACACCAUCCACGUACCCAAGGCCACCCUCCACAAUCUACCUGAAGUCAGUAAAUUCCGCUUGUCGUACUACCCUCACCGCCUGGAGAGCUUCACAGGAUUGCUGAACGAGGCGUUCAACGGCAAACUGGAGCACAGCGUCUACGGAGACUUCCAGACGUACGUGCCCGGCCAGAGUCAGGCUCCCUGCUACUUCAUCCACGUGUGCAAGAAGAGAGCCUAAGAGGAGGAAGACUCGGUCUACACAGGCUACUGAGGGAACGAAAGCUUUGUCUUAACUUUAACAUGCUUUCACUGUACUCCAGAUUUUGGCAAAAAUCUAGUUCUAAAAGUUUUGUCUUAAUUCUCCUACAAUGAAGAAACAGUUUAA